AUGCCCCGUCAACCACCGCACAGUGUCUUCAACUGCCCAGCCCUCAACGGCCACCGCGUUGGCGUCGUCCACCGAUGCGGCUGCCCCUCGGUGGUGUUCGAAGCCGGGUGGGACACGCUGAAGGUCUUGACCGAGGACAAUACCUGCGAGUCCAUCUCAUGGUCUGACGCGCCCGAGACUGCCGGCAGGCUCGAAUGGGUCUUUGUCGAGGAGCCGGCCAUCGUCAACGCGUCGGCGGCGGACCUCAAGCGGCGGUUCAGGGAGUGGGCGCUUUCCGAGAACCCAGACGGUAUCAUCCUGGACCCGCCGCGCUACCAGUACUUCGUCCAGGCGGACUGGGAGUCGCUCUUGAGCGCCUCCAACAACGGCUUGAACAAGUGGACGCCCGACCACGGCACGAGCAGGAUAUGGCGUGAUGGCCCAGUCAUUGGGAACAGUGGCUAG